UAGCGUGCCUCCUGUACUAAGUCCACUACUCCUGUGCUCAGCGCACAGCGUUCGCUUCGCUCGCUUAACAGUGCGAACAACAGCCCUUCGAAAAUGGUUACCAUUGCGGAUACUGGCGGAAAGAUACCCCCGGAGAUCAUGCGCCAAGCUGUAGAGAAAUGCGCCCAACUGACGCCAUUGGAGGCAGCACAUAUUUACGCCAUUCUGAAGCAAACGCUGGAGAAGCUGGCGCUUGUAGGAGUCAUCACCGUUGAUCCAAAGGUUCAAGCUCAUGAGCUUACGCAAAGCGUGGGCGAGGAGAUCUCGCGUAUGAUAGCUGAGCAGAAGCAGCUCGAGAGCCGCUUCGAAGAGCUCGUGGCGCUGCAGCACGUCCUCCGCCAUCAGCCCAACAAGACUAAGCUUAUGGAAAACCAGAACGAGCUCCAGAAGGUGGCUGAGGCUCUGCGCCAGAGCACCAAGCAGCUGUGCCGCAACCUCAAGGACAACCCCAACGUGGCGGAGAACAUGCUCAAGGUUGCCAGCGAGCGUCAGGCCCUGCAGCUGCUGCUGUCCAGCUGCCUCAACGAAAUGGAGGUGUUCGGCAAGAUGCAGCCGCUGCUGGAGAACGUGAUGGCGCAGGAGGCGGCAGAGCAGGCCAUGAAGGAGACCAUUGAGCGCGAGAAGAACACCACAGCGGCGGUACGGCAGCUGAGGAACGACCUGCGGGAGGAGAAGCUGGACCAUGAGGAAAAGAUGAAGGAGAAGAAGAAGGGGCUGGUGGUGCUCAAGGAGCAGCUCAAGUCUCUCAAGAUGGACACCGCCGUGUCCACCCGCUACCUGGGCAAGGAGCUCACGGCGGGCAAUGAGCACGAGCGCCGCCUGCAGCGAACGCAGCUGGAGGACCUGCUGAAGGAGCUCAGCCUGGUGCAGCAGCAGAUCGACAUCGAGAAGGCGGUGCAUGCAACGCAGGCGGAGUUCCUGCGUCAGAUAGCGGCCAAGAUGCAGGAGGACAGCGUCAGCUGGGCGUCGCGGCACGACGAGGACAUGGCGGCGCGGGAGAAGGAGCUGGAGAUGCUGAAGCAGCAGCACGCUCGCGACCUGUUGGAGCUGAAGAAGGCGGAGGAGAAGUUCAAGAUGGAGCAGGCGCUCAAGAAGGAGCGCGAGCUGAAGGCGGCGGAGGAGCGCGAGCGCGCGGAGUUUGAGGAGAUGCGCGAGGCGCGGCGGGUGCAGGCGGCGGUGGUGAUCCAGGCCUGGUGGCGCGGCUACCGCAUCCGGAAGGCGCUUGCGGGCGGCGGCAAGAAGACCAAGAAGGUGGCCAAGAAGAAGAAGUGAGGGGUGGGGCCAGGAGGAGAGGGAGGGACAUUGUCAUGGCCGUAUGGAAGCUAGGCGAACAGUGCAGCAAGAAGACUGUGAAUGGAGUCGAACCGGAGGGCGGUGCUCUGGUUGUUGGCUUGGUGCAUACGGGCUGCUGUUCGUUACGCAAGCGUGCGCUUGUGGCAGUAGCCGGUGCGUGCAUGAACUUGCUGGGUUUGGGGCAUUGACACGUAUAUAUACCAGCGUAUUGGACCGCUGGACGAGCGGUGGUUCGGACGGAAGGUACGGUUGUGUGCCGUACUUGACAUAAGGGGGCGAGGGCGCGCCUGCCUUAGUGCUGUGCUUGCCGUACGUCAUGCCUUGGGAGGUGUGGUUGUGUCGUAUCAUGAUGACAAUGAAAAAAGACUUCAUUUACGUAGUUUUGCUGCCCCGCUAGCGCCAUGGCAUGUAUACAUCUUAGCGGGACCUGUUAUAAUGCGAUGUGCGCGAAAGUGCGACUAGAAGUGACGAUGUGUGCUGCUGCUGUCGUACCGCCACCAUGUACUGUAGGCGUGCGUGCUGUGUGGACUUGAAACAUUUGCAGGUUUUUCUAGGUGUUGUGAGGAGCCAUUACUUGACUUAAUGAGCUUAUAAUCGGCGUGCCUCUCGUGUGUGCCUCUCGUGUGUGUGGACGUGUUGUCUAAUUACCGGUAGAACAGUACGCAGGAUUUAGGAGAUGGGGGAGAAUGUGAACACGCAUGAAGGGGAAUGCCAUGGCCACAGCAGUAGUCUUAUAGCUAGUUCCCCUCGACAUUGAGCACUGAACGUGCUGCUGCCAUAGAAUUCUUGCUUGCUUUGACGCAUUACAUAUUUGCUCGCAUGUUGCGGCCCCAAGCCGCCACGUAACUCGUGUAAC